UCAUAUAUGAGCAUAAAUAAAUAGCCAGUGCUAUAAAAUGAAUCGAACACUCAACUUGGCAGCAACUUAAGGCACAACCGUAGCAUGCAGCUGAACACAGUUUUGAUAAAGGAGGAAAAAUUAAGGUUUAAAAAAAGAGUACCAGCCAUGAGAUCACACUUCUUACUACUAAUUUGCUGCAUAUUUCGGUUGGCAAGCGCCGAGCACCUAGGCAAUUCAACAGUGGAAGAGCCAACUAGAGGAGUUUACGAUGCGCAAAUUUUCAUGGAAUAUUUUCGUUGGCAUGGAGUACACAACAUAAUGUUGGUUGUAUGUCCGCAGGAUGUAGUCACCAAGGAAGACCAUCAUAAAUUGAAAUCGCUACUGCGCCAAUUUAUCGCCCAUGGCUUUUCUACACGCGUAUUCAACGGCCAAGACUAUGACGACAACGAAAACACUCGCAGCCCAGUGCAAGCGCAAACUAAAGUCGAACCUUCCAACACGACCGACACCUCAGCAGUAGAUUCAACAAGCGUCGCACCUGCAAUGAGUCGCGCCACAUACGGUCCACCGCACACAUUUCGCAGCGAUAAUAUCACGCGUCGUCCAUUGCGUCUGCAGCUGUCAGCGCUCACCUAUAAAUCAGGUAUACUGCUGUUGCAUUUCGCCAGCGCCUGUGCGCUCAACGUGCUACGCUGGGCCGCUGCGGCCGAGCACAACUAUUUCACCACAAAUCGCUUUUGGUUGCUUUUCACCGAUGAGCCGGCACAUAUUUCACUGCUCGACGAUGAGAACAUAUUUCUGCCGCCGGAUGGUGAGGUGCGCGUUAUGUUGCAGCAGGCAGGCACACAAUUUUUCACAUUGGUGGAUGUGUAUAAGAUAGCCGCAGACAAGCCCUUACGUCGUACCUCGGUGGGUGGUCGAGAAUUGCGGGAAGCAGAGGAUAUGUUGCAGGUGCUAAGUAAAUUCGGUUCGGCCAUUUCUUAUCGUCAAAAUUUGGAAGGUAUCACUUUUAAUACGGGACUUGUGAUCGCCUUUCCCGAUAUGUUUACAAAUAUCGAGGAUUUGUCUCUGCGGCAUAUCGAUACUAUUUCCAAAGUAAAUAAUAGGCUCACCCUGGAGUUGGCGAACAAAUUGAAUUUGCGCUUUAAUACGCAUCAAGUGGACAACUAUGGCUGGCAUCAACCAAAUGGCUCGUUCGAUGGACUGAUGGGACGUUUUCAACGUUACGAACUGGACUUUGGACAAAUGGCCAUUUUCAUGCGUCUAGAUCGAAUCGCCAUUGUGGAUUUUGUAGCUGAAACAUAUCGCAUACGCGCGGGUAUAAUGUUUCGCCAACCACCACUAUCGGCCGUAGCAAACAUUUUCGCCAUGCCCUUUGCCAGCGAUGUCUGGAUCGCCAUACUACUGUUGAUGAUCUUCACCAUUGGUAUAUUUAUGGUUGAGCUGGUAUACUCCCCACAUUUGCACGAGAUCGAUAUAUUGGAUUGUGUGGUUUUCGUUUGGGGUGCCAUAUGUCAGCAGGGUUUUUAUGCCAACCUACUCAAUCGCUCGGCUCGUGUUAUCAUUUUCACGACAUUUGUAUCGACACUUUUCUUAUACACGUCAUUUUCGGCGAAUAUAGUGGCGUUACUGCAAAGUCCUUCGGAAGCCAUACAAACUUUGAGUGAUUUAACGCAGUCCCCGUUGGAGGUUGGCGUACAAGAUACGGUCUACAAUAAAAUAUACUUCAAUGAGUCCACCGAUCCCAUUACAAAUCACUUGUACCACAAAAAAAUUGCACCGAAAGGUGAAAAUAUUUUUAUGCGUCCCUCAAUCGGCAUGGAAAAAAUGCGCACCGGCCUUUUUGCUUACCAAGUCGAAUUACAAGCCGGCUAUCAGAUCAUAAGCAACACCUUUAGCGAGCCAGAAAAGUGUGGACUCAAAGAGCUGGAGCCAUUUCAGCUACCGAUGAUAGCGGUACCAACCCGAAAGAAUUUCCCAUACAAGGAACUCUUUCGUAGACAAUUGCGUUGGCAACGUGAAGUGGGCUUGAUGAACCGCGAAGAGCUGAAAUGGUUUCCGCAGAAACCGAAAUGUGAGGGUGGCAUGGGUGGUUUUGUUUCUAUCGGCAUCACUGAAUGUCGCUAUUCUUUGGGCAUUUUCGGUUUCGGAUUACUACUGAGUGCGUUUAGCUUUAUUCUAGAAUUAGCCGUUAAUUACGUAUGGAAUUUAACGAAGAAAAUACAUCGAAAUAAGAAACAACGAGAAACAAGUAGUGCUGCAGAUGGGUAUCAUGUUAAUUUUUGACUUUAGGUCGAUCGUAAUUAAUUAUACGAUUUCACAAGUUGAGCCACGAUCGAUAAAAUAGUAAAAUCUUACACUCACACACACUUUGUUAUAAAUAUGUCAUUAAUAUACGAGUACGCAAUUGUUUGUAAUGGAAGCUGUAGACCUCAUUAUAAGAGUUUUAGAUCAAAGCUUUCUUACAUAUCUUUUAUUUGCUAUCAAUAUAGAAUGUCAAUUCAAGUUCGUGGAUUGGCGAUCCCAUCCUUAAAAAAUAUGCCUGACGGAAAUCCUUCUCAAAACAAUUUAGUUGUAAUCCCUUAUUGCAAUAUUCCAUUUAUUUUCUCAAUUCAAAUUAGUCAAUAUAUUCAAGUAAAUUUCAACCAUUCUCUAAUUAUUUAGAUCGGUUAAGUAUAUGCUUUCUUAAAAUUUUUUAGUUAUAAUCUUAUCGAUUGGUCUCAAUCGAAAAUAGUAAAAAAAUAUACUCUUCCAUUUUUAUUUCUUUUUUUAUUUUUAUUUUCCGAUUAUUAUCCGAAACUCAAUUCCGUCAUUGUCACAUAUAAAGUAAACCUAGAAAAAUAAUUGCAAAAAGAAUGUGGUCCAACCGUAUUAACCGGGCUGGUAGUGGCAUUUCACUCCGGUACGCUAUCCCACUACUGUCUACCACGGGAACUCUUGGCUGCUGGUUUUCACCCCUGGCCCGGUUCAUCCCUCCUUAGCCAACCUGAAUGCCAAGGACUCCUCCAUGGCACCCAUAUUGAUGGCAAGCUUAGUGCGGACGUUCCGUCAACAUGAACUGGUCCACCACACAGAACUCCCGGCUUCAGGUCGUUCCACAAUCCGACCUCACAGAAGCGUGAUUACAGAAGAUGCCAACCUUCCAGUCGAAAUUAUAUUUUUUGCCUACUUACUUGUAUUUACCUAGCCACUAAGUAUGCAGAGCGCGUGAGUAUGAAGUAGCUUAUCGCUGCCACGCUAGUGAGUUGUUACUGUUAGUGAUAAAUGAAUAGGUUUCUUUAAAAGUUCAAUAAUGUUAUAUUAUUUCCAUAUAAUUUUAAGAAAUAAAAUUAAUAAAUAAAUUAGAAAUAUAUUAUAUUAUCAUAUCGCUUCAGGAUUUGUACUCAGGUUCUUUUUAUG